AUGAGAGAAGCUUUUAUUCCAAAUGAAUCUUUUGGAAGGAAUUAUCCACAAAAAUUGACAUUUACAGUUUUCAUGAUCUGUUUUGGAGCUGCAUUAAGUGGAUUAAUGGCUGGUUAUGUACUGGGUAUGGCAGGUGGUGUGACUUUAAUGGAUUCUUUUCUGAAGGAAUUCUACCCAGAAGUAUACCAAAAUCAUAACAUCAUAAACGAUCAAUAUUGUAAAUUUGACAGUCCAAUAUUGACAUGGUUCAUAUCAUCUCUGUAUUUGGCUGCUAUGAUUGGAUCAUUGUUAGCAUCCACUUUCACUCGACUCUACGGGAGACUCGAAACCAGGUUCUUUGGGAAUUUGUUCUUUCACUUUGGCAUUAUGGUGUGGUGUUUUCCUCAACAACAAUCUUCGAUGUUAAUGGUUGGUUGCGUCUUAUUGGGUUUUGGAAUUGGAUGGACCUUUCAGUCUGUGCCGAUAUAUAUAUCGGAAUUUGCUCCCUAUAAAUACAGAGGAGCUCUUAAUAUGCUGUUUCAAUUGACAAUAACUAUUGGCAUCUUUGUUGCAAAUGUCUUCAACUACAUUUUCUCUCGGAUGGAGAGCGGAGAAGAAUGGUUCGUUAACUUAUUAUAUUAUGCAACAUUUCCUGCUGUUAUGACGACCCUCAGUCUAAUGUUUCCUCUAAUCUUUCGUCUGGAUACACCAAUUUCUUUGAUUGUACGAGGUUUUAAUAAGAGGGCUAAGAUAACACUUAUUAGGAUUCGAGGAACUACAAAUGUAAAGGAGGAGUUUGAAGAUCUUUUGGUAGCAAGUGAAUCCUCAAAAGUAGUAAAACACCCUUGGGUCUCUUUAUUAAAGAGACAAUACAGACCCCAACUCACAUUUGCCAUAGUCAUUCCCUUCUUCCAACAACUUACUGGUAUGAAUGUGAUUGUAUAUAAUGCUCCUGUUUUGUUCAAAACCAUUGGUUUUGAAGCCAAUGCUUCUCUCUUGUUUGCCAUGAUUACUGGAUGCUGCAAUGUAAUUGCCACUCUUGUCUCCAUAUUCACGGUUGAUAAAUUUGGUAGGCGAAGUCUUUUCUUGAAAGGAGUAAUACAAAUGUUUAUUUGUCAGAUUGUGAUAGCCAUAGCAAUUGCAUGCAAAUUUGGAUUUGAUGGAAACCCAGGAAUGUUACCAAAGUGGUAUGUUAUUGUGGUUGUGUGUGGCAUAUGUGUGUACGUGACAGGAAUUGCAUGGUCUUGGGGUCCUCUAGGAUGUUUGGUUCCAAGCGAGAUUUUUCCACUUGAAGUGCGUUCAAGUGCACAAAGUAUCACUGUCUCCAUGAACAUGAUAUUCACCUUUGUCGUUAUACAAAAUUUCACCAACAUAUUUUGUCACAUGAAGUUGGGAUUGUUCAUUUUCUUUGCAUGUUUCAUCAUUGUGAUGAGCACAUUCAUUGACUCUCUUCUACCAGAGACUAAGGAAGUUCACAUUGAAAAAAUGCAUGUUGUGUGGCAAAGUCAUCCUUAUUGGAAGAAGUUUGUUAAACAAACCGAUGUUACAACUAUUAGGAAUGAGUAUUAG